CGGAUAACCAGUACAUCGACGGUGGUGACCGCUUCUGCGAUGGCAACGCCAUCCGGCGAGGAAACUAAGACGACGACGACGAUGACGACGACGACGUCGACGACGGCGUUGGGAAAGGCGCCGCCUCUGUUUCCGCUGACCGUGCAUUCCUCGACUGAUCUAGACACGAAGAUCACGUCUUUCGUGGUGCCCGCACCGCCUGCACACGACAAAGCCCGCAGACAUUCCGACGCAGACGUCUCCUUCACGAUGCCCCGAGUCCUGCAGACGCACACGCAUCACUACCAGACGCAGCAGCAACAGCAGGAGGCCGCAGACGCUCUGGCCGACCUCAUCCUCAACAAGCGAGCGAUGGAAUCGAAUCGUAUAGUGAAACGGACGACCUCGGAUCCCGGUCAGAUCAUACAAUUCCAGAGCACCGGCGAGUCCACCUUCACCUUGGCGUACCAGUCGGACGAUGGAGGAUACAUCAGUCCGAGUCUGCAGGACGAAGUGUUCACUCAGGUGCAAGAUACGAUGCUGCUGCAGAGUCACCAGCAGUUGAUACAAUUCCAAACGGAGACUUUCGAUCAGAGCGAAGAGAUGGCGUUGGAUUACGCGACUUCCGUCGUUCACUCGACCAUCCCUUAUCAAGCGGGCCAAGUUAAUCAGGAUCUUCAGGCCGUCUUAGAUUCGCCUCUUCCAGAGAGCUUAGCCGAGUUCAGCACUUACCAUUCGAGCGGUAGUUUGGAGCUGCCAUCUCCGAGCUACCAUCACACGCAAUCCCCUAUACAAUACUCGAACUCUCCGCACACUUCGUUACCGACGCAAUCACCGCUGCAGUCGCCUCUGAUCCGGCACGAUUCACCUGGAUUCGCGUAUCCGACGCCACCGGCGAGUCACGAGGGUCAGAGCCCUUGCUUCGCGCACAACUCGCUGAUGCCGAUGGUCUCGCCGAAGCACAACGACUUCGUGGAGCCACCGCAAGCGUCGUCACCGCUCUCCGCGGCUUUCUACACCUCCACCAUGUCCACCUCGGCGGAAGUCGAGGAAGCGCUCGAAGAAGUCUUACCUGGUGAAAGCAUCGCCGCCGACGAAUUGUACCCAUCCCUAACGAAUUCACCGCCGCCGCAAUCUCCACUCCUCACACCAGUUCCAUCGCCGAACAUCCCAACAUCAACAGUUCCUUCUCCUCAGACGUUCAUCCCUAACGUCUUUCCACAGUACACGCUUCAAUCGCAGAUGCUUCCCAAUUCCGAUGAUCCGCUUCUUUCGAGCAGUCCGAAAGAUUUCAACGCCAAGAAGCGAUUCGAGUUCAAUGGACUUCCUUUGAAGGUGAUCAGCAACGGUUUCAUCGACUUCAACAGUCCGAAUCUGACGGGUAUUCUGGUGGAGACGAACGGAGAGAUUAAGUUCAUACAAACAGGUCCUACCGCUUUUCAUACCAAGAACAUCUUAUUGACCGGUACACCGAUCAUCGCACAAAACGCGAAAGUUCUGCAGACCAUCGCCAUGCCAACAACUGUUAAACAACAACAACAACAACCGGUGCAGAUCCAGCAACCGGUGAUACAGAGACCUCCGAAGCUGCAGGACCAGGAGCAGGUUUUCCUCAGCCCAACCACGAUUCCACCUGCAAGUCCGGUGAGAGCGUCGAGGAAGAGGCCUCGAGUCGAGCCGCUGCAGCCGGCACAUCAGAGCAGGCUGCGGUCGACGCGGAGUCGUCAUCAUCCGCCUCUGCAUCAGCAACAGGAGUGCUCUAGAGCUGCGUACACACCGCAACCGAUCCUCAACCCCAGCCGCCCCGGAUCAGGUCUCUACUUCUUUUUAAAGCAAAAGUCCAAGAACGAUGACGGCCUCGAGAUGGCGCUGGAUCGAUCAACAUGUACGUCGUCGUCGUCGUCGCCGCCGCCACCAGAGACGGACUCGACGCCGCACGUCAACGUCGGGCCGCAGUUCCAGUGCGCGGUGCCACCAUUCCGGCCCGUCCGUAAUCGCGUCACCCGUGACAGGAGUCACGAGGACCUCCUCUGGGAUCCCGGUAUAGCCGGCUGCACAGACGCAGAAGUUGACAUGUACCUGGACUUUGCCUGCUGCGCCGCCGUCCCAGGAGGCGGCAGGAAUCACGAGUACGCCAUCCACCUGCUGCACAUGUGCGCAGGCAACAUUCACGAAGCGAUGCUGAAACUGAUGCAACCAACGCCAUCUCUCCCGUCCGACCAUCCACUACUCUGCUACCAAUACUCGGAGAGCGAUAAAUGGACGGCGACGGAAACAGAGAUUUUCCAUCUGGCGCUUCAGAAGCACGACAAAGACUUCUUCCUGAUUUCCAAAGAGGUUGGCAGCAAAACUGUGAAGCAGUGUGUGCAGUUCUAUUACAUGUGGAAGAAGGUCUGCACCGACGAGUACAGAAGAUUGAAGGCGGGCCGAGAACGUAGGCAACCGCACAUCCACAAACACGAAUACGACGACGACGUCAAGAUGAUGGUGAUGGGAGAUCAUAAAACAUUCGUUUGCGAGAUCCCCGAUUGCUCAGCCAGUUUUCAUACGCGAGCCGCGAUGAACAGCCACGUUCGCACGCAUUCGCGCCAAUCGCCGACGCCCACGCACAUUCAUCAUCACCAUGGCAACAAUCACUAUCAACAACAACAACAGCAGCAGCAGCAGGUUGCAGAGCGAAAGACGUCGGUGACGUCUUCGACGCAUCACAAAACGGUCCUCUGCCACACCGACUCCCACGAAGACUACCCCUGUAAGAUAUGCGGGAAAGUAUUCACGAAGAUCAAGAGUCGCAGCGCGCACAUGAAGUCCCACCGUCCACCGGAUGCGGAAACGGCGACGACGACGCGCCGCAAGGAGGCGGCGAACCGCACAACCGAACAACCGAUGAUCGUCUCCUCGUCCACUUCCGUUUCCGCCCUGUCUUCGUCGUCUUCGUCUUCGUCUUCCUUCGACUCCGUGCCGAGUCCAUUGGAUACCUAGCAACGAAGAAACAACAACAACAACAAACGACGAGCGGGAAGCAUCCGGAAAAGACAAGUAGACUCUUCCUACCUAUUAGUACUUACCUAACCUCGAAACAACGGAAA